UCCGCGCUAAAUUGUUGACAAAUGAAAAGUAGACUUGUACUUCAUUUAUCCUUUAUUCUUACCUGUUUGUUAGAUUUCAUGGAAUAGAAAACAAAAUCCUCCACUCUUAAUAUAUGUCAUAGCUAAACAUGAAGUUUUUAUACUGCUUGGUUGUAUUGGUGGUUUUUUGUCAGACCUGUUGCCAAGGAGAUAAAGAUCAUGAUGAAGAUUUCAUUGAUCCCUUUGACAUGAUUAAUUUUGAUUCUGUCUCAAAGGUUAUGAUUAAUAAGGGAAACAAAGACAAGGAAGUAAAAAACCAAGAAAAUAAAGUCACAAAAGAUGAAACGAUCAUGAAAGAUGAAAGAAUCUCGGAGGAGAAAAAAGUCACAAAUGAUGAAAAAGUAACGUCAGAUAAAUCAGCUCAGAGCAUCCCUCCUGCAUCUACAACACAGUCACCACCAGUUACAAACAAAGUUCGAGAUGAUCAGAAACCACCAGACAGAAAUCCUGGUUCUCUCUUGUUCAGACAAUUUGUUAAAAAGUUGAUUUCAUAUUUUCAGUCAAAGGCUCCAGAAUCUACACAAGAAUAUCAUGUAUGGGUCAAAUUAUCCAAGGAUCAGUAUAGUGUUUUACAAACGUUUGCAGACGGCCAGUCAAAUAUUCAUGAUGCUCAGGAAAUCUUAGUCAGUAUGAUUACUGAUGUGACAAAAUCUAAUGUUGGAACUGCUGCUAAAUUAUCCAUGUGGUUUGAAGAAAAGACAGGAGCUUCACUUGACAAUGUCUUAAAGAUGGUAACUAUAAUGAGUUUAAUAUCGAUGGUACUGUACAUGGAGAUUGGCUUACAUAUUUCAUGGAGGAGACGAGUUACACAGCUGAUAAUGCUAGCCUUUGUUAUAAGUAUACCAAUGACUUGGUAUGAACUUUAUCAGACAGCUCAGAUAAACCAGCAGACUGUAACAAUGAAAGAGGCUCCAAAGGAGUGUGUUCAGGAUAUGGAGAAAGAGGAUUGGCUGACAUUCUAUACACAUGCCUUCAAACAUAUAUUUACGUUCCAGGAGGACAACUGUCAGAAGUACUAUGAACACAUGUUGAUUGAUCCUCUUCUUAAAGUUACUCCAACAAAGGCAAUAGCAGUGACAUUUGUACGAUUUUUCUUAUCUCCCUUGAAGGAUAUCGGGACAGCAUUUAGUGAAUUCAUGAGAGCAUUAUUAAUAGACUUACCAGUAACUUUAUAUCCAGUUGCUAUAGUUACACUUUCCAUGUUCUUUUUCUUGUUUUUGUUUAUGUGGUUUGGAUACAGUAUCAGACUUCCAUUUUGGGUGUCCAUUGAACCAAGUCAUGUAGUCAUGGUAACAGGAGGAGGAACAACAGAUAAUACUCAGGCCAUAGAGGAUGUGCAGAAACAGUUGGAAGCUUUAGUAGGUAGUAUAGAAAACUCAGAAACACGCAUGGCAGACGAAUUAAAAAGAAUGGGAGAAAUACAAACAAGAUCAAUAGAAUAUACGGCUGCUGCCAUGACAACUAAUGUUGCUCCUCCCACUCUUCAGUCAGCUAUUGUCUUUAACAGAAGUGACAUAAGUUUCGAAUCUUCAUCAGAAACUGAGAUAAAAUCUCCCAUUCCAUGUUCUGACGAUUCUUUUUCUGUUACUGAGGAAGUUGCGGUAUGUCAGGAAUCAGUGACAAAAGUGAUGCAGCCAAGUGGGACAACCCCAGUGGAUAAUAUUGGUCCUAAUUCAUGAUAAUUGUGAUUAUUGUGAUUGUUGUGAUGAUUAAUCAUUUCAUCUAAAAUGUCUCAUUUUCAUCUAGAUAUCAAAUGGAAAAAUAUGUGAUGCGUAUUAAUUUAUUGUGUGUUUGAGAUUAUUUCAUAAUUGGUUCACUCUUGUAUUCAUGUGUUGUAUAUUUUUUUGUUUUCUAAUAAUUCUACCCAUUUCUAGGGGAGACAACUUUGUUGGUUUGGAACUUCUUAAGCAAAAGUAUAUUAUAUACAGAUGAAUUCCUUCAAUAGAAACAAGUAGCAAUUGAUAAUGAAUAUGAUUUUUUUGUAAGCAACAAUGUUUUUGGCAGAUAUUCUUCAAUAAUGUGAAAAUAUAUUCCAUGUCUGCUUAUGUCUUAAAAGGGCCUCAGUGUCAUAGUGGUCUAAGUAGGUGAACUACUGUAUCAAUAGCCUGUCAACACUGAAGUUUUGAAUCCUGCACAGGGCAGGUGCACUCAUCAUCAAUCUUAGUUGACUCGGAUUUUCAGUUUUUCUACUGAAGGUUGAUUGUUCUCUCUGUGCACUCCGACUCCUUCCACCAAUAAAAACCUACCGCCAUGUAUAGCACAAAAGUGUUGAAAUCGGUGUUAAAUACCAUUCUAUUAAUAUAUUAUAAACCUGUAACAUCGUUACAUGACAUUAUCAGUUCAUUUCUGCUGAAUGUCAACAUUUAAUGAUAAUGUCAUGACUACAAAUAAAGUGCUUUCCUGAAAUCCUACAGUUAUACAGACUGUUUUCUUUACCCCUGCAGAUAUUUUGCUUAUAUUUUGCUUGCAACAGAAGAUUUACAAGUUUUAAUGUGUAGCAUUAUACCCCAAAUAUACACGUGAAAAAGUCCCAUAAAAUCUAACCUGAGGAAGACUAAAAAAAUCACCAUUUAAAAUUCCUAUGGAGAUUUGCAUUGAAAAGGGAGAUAACUCUUGCGAAAAAGGCAGAAAUAUCAAUAAAAAUUGAUACAAAAUUAUAACUUUACCGCUUCUAUUCAUCAGAAUGUAUUGAUUCUUGAUUUUUUAGCAGUCUUUAGACUAUACCAAACAACUGUAAUGGUGUAUUUAUAUCUUUUAUCAAGCUAUAAUCUAGAUUUCGUAAUUCAUUAGUUGACCAUUAAUUGAAUUUUUCACAUGUCAAGGUAAAGAAUUUCAAAUUUAAUAAAAACAAUUAAGCAUGUAUUCUUCUUUUUGUGGUUUAAAGUCUCUUUAGAUAAUUAUGUUGCUGUAAACAUAUAAUAUACAGAUAUAAACAAUACCAAAUGUUCACAAAGCUUCGAUCAAAUUUGCAAUUUCUUAAUGAAAAAUGCACGAAAAAAAUAAAACUACCCAUAACUCUUCGGUUUUGUACAUUUCAUGAGCAGAAGAUUAUAUAAUUUAGUCAAAUACAAACUUAUAACCCCAUUAAAGUAUCAUACUUUACAUAAAUUUCAAGAAAAUCAACCAAAAACUGAUAAAAAAAGACCCAUUUUUGCUAGAGUUAUCUCCCCUUCUAAUGUUAAUUUCCAUAGGAAAUUUGAAAUGCUGAUUUUGAGUUUUCCUCAAGUUAGAUUUUAUGGGACUUUUUUCAGUGUAUAUAAAGGGUAUAAUGCUAUAGAUUAGAACUAAAACAUUUUCUGUUGCAAUUAGUUUGAGGUAAAAUCUUAGUUUGACUGGACUAUAAAGAUUAUUGAGCAAGUUAUAGGUUGUUGUUUUUUUUGACUAAUUUUACAUGGAAUAAUGGCUUUGGACUUCAAUGAAAUGUUUUCCAAGUUAAACAUUUACAAUAUUUAGAAUAUUUUUACAUGAUAUUUUUUCCUAAUAAACCCAGCAUAAGCUAUAGUCCUUUAGUGAAAUUUACCUUUAGCUAUAUCCUCUUGACUUUUGAAACACAGUACCGGUACAUUGUAAUUUUUUUCAUGUAAAAUGUAAAUGCAGGGAUUUUGUUGUACAUUACUAUGAUUACUUAUGUAUUUGUUGAUAUAGACAAUUUCUGAUAUUUUUAUGAAAUUAUGUAUGGGUUAAAUACCAAAUUUAAUAUAUAGUGGAUAUUUUUUCUUCUGAAUUAUUGUGAAAGGAGUUCUUAGUGUGUUUUGGUCAUUUGUGUCACUACUUUUUUUUGGGAGAAAUUAUGGUUAGAAAUUUGACCUAUUUAUAAAAUUAAAAGAUUCGGAAAUCAUUAUUAAAUUGAAAGGAAAACCUAAAACUAUCUAAAUGUAAAGAAGAUUUUAAAUUUUUGAGGGAUAUUUUUUACAUUAAUACAUGUAGCUGUAAAAUAAAAAAAUAAAUAAGGUUAACAUUCUCCUUUUUUGAAAAGAUAAAAUUUUGUUGAUUUUCUGUCAAAUCCAGUUAAAUAUUGUUUCACUCUCACCAUGUAUCAUCAGUACACCAGCUAUAGGUACUAACCAAGCGAGCAUGAUCGAUUUUGACCUUACAAGGUAACCAAGAUCUUUGUUUUGCUUUAUCAAAAUUCCAUGUACAUUUCUCAACAUUUGAAAUUCCUGCUCCCAAAUAAUUUUUGCAUCGAUUUUUUCCUAUUCAUAAAACAACUUUUAUAUUCAAAUAAGAACAAUUAACUUGUUCAUGCGCAAAUAGUUGUGAAGGUCAACACCCACUUUCAAUUUCGAUGCAGUUGUUGAGACAUUUACAUGUUUUAUCUGAAAGAAAACUAAUACAGGGCAACAGUAAUGGUUACCAAUCAUAAACCUACCUGUGAUUACCCAUUCCUUAAAACUGUUAGGGUAAUAAACGAGUAUGAAAAUAAAGUUUUUGUGUAUUGUGUACAACAACUUAACUAUGCACCAUACAUAAGGAUUUGUGUGGUCAGCUAAACACCGUACACAACGCUUCUUUAGGGAUAAAAUAUAGAAAAUAACAUAUGUAUGAAAGAUUUCAAUGCUAAUUAUUGAAACAGCUAUACUUAUUAUACACACACAUUGACCUUCUAUCAGAAAAGGAUUUGAAAAGAAUAUAGAAUUAUAUCGGAUAAGACGAGGGCCAACUUCUUUUACAAGUAUUUGCACAUGGUUUUAGUAAUCCCUCUUGUUUUUGGAAAAAAAUGAGACAUAUCUAAUCAUCAACCUACGACCAAAUCAUUUCUUAAAACAGCAAUUAUGUUCAGAUUGAAGAACACAUUGAUAUUAUGUGAACAAAACAAAGAUUUUUCUUUACCGUGUAAGAUCAAAAACGUUCACGCCUGCUUGGUGUGUACCUAUAUCUGCUGUACGAUGAUACAUGGUGACUCUGAAUUGAAAAAAUGUAUGUAAAAGUUCCCUAUGCUGCCAAAAUCAGAUUCUUAUAUUAGUAAAUGAGUCAGUUAUUGAUAUAUGUACAUGUAUUUGAAUGUAUUCUUGAGAACAGGAUGCUUUUAUUGCAGUUCCAGGAAAAAGAUAGUGCUUUUUAUGUAUGUUUGUAAGGUUGAUAGUCAAAGAUGGCCUGUAAUGAAGAUUUUCUAUAUGUUCCUCCUAACUAGGAGCACCAACGUAAUAUAUGGUCUGAAGAAGCAACACAAUGUAUUGGAACAGGUUAUUGUUAGAUUGUCUACCCUGUUUCCCAGAUAGGGCCAGACAGGUCUUACCAGAUAGUAACCUUACCACUCAAAUUAGUUUUUUAAGAAGUGAAAUAUUAUUUAGUCUUGUAUAUGCUGCCAGAAACAAUGGUAUUAUAAAGAUGUACUUUUUUUCUUAAUCAACUUUGUAAAGUUAAGUUUUUUAGUGUUUUUUCCACUGGAAUAUAAUCCCUGUAGUAGAUUCUCUUAAUCUAUAUAAAGAUCAUUGGCAGAACCAGGGGGUUUCUUGGGAUUGGAACCCCCCCCCCCUUAAUUUUGGCCAAUCAAUGCAUUUGAAUGGAGACUUAUAGUUGGAACCCCACCUUUUCAAAAUGGCUGGAUCCACCCCUGAAGAUCCGAAUUUUCAAUGAAAUAUGAGAUACUGACUGAAUUUUAAUAACAGUGAUGCCUAGGAUCGAUAUUAGUGAAAAAAAAACCAUAGUUGUUCACAUCCUUGUGCUUUGGUCUGUGGUGAAUAAUUGUUUCAUUGGCAAUCAUAAUCAAUCUUAUUUUUCUACAAGGUGAACUUGCACAGUUUAUGCUAAAAUUGAUAUUUUUUUGUUUAAUUUAAUUUAGUUAAAAAUGUGCCAUAUGCAUGUACAUGUGUACUUAGUAUUGUGCAACAUAAUAUGAACAUUUUUUUUUAUGUUUUGUUUAGAAAGAAGUGAUUGAUGAAUUUUGUAUAUUGUAUUCACAUUUGUUACAGUGAUAAAAGUUUGCAAUUAUAUAUUUGUUUUUCUAACAAUGUAUACUUUAUAAUUUUCUGAACAAAUGUUUCAGGCUAUACAUUUUGUAGUAAAAUUGUUAACAAAAAGAAAAAAAAUGUAUUGUCUUAUUUUCCUGCCAGUUUAUUACGGGGGAAACAAUGCCUGUUUUUGAUGAAGUACAGAAGAAAUGGAUAUGGUGUAGUAAUUCACACCACAAA